AUGUUCCGGAGGUGCUGGGAGUGUGUGCGGUGGCUGUGGCUGCUGUCCGCCCUACUGUCCGGGCUCAGUGCCGCCUACUUCCCCGAGGAACGGUACAACCCCGAGUCCCCGCUUCGGCCACCCACCGUCCUCAUCUCCCUGCUGGCCAGGAACGCCGAGGGGUCCCUGCCGGAGGUGCUGGGGGCUCUGGACCGGCUCCGAUACCCCAAGGACAGGAUCGCACUGUGGGUGGCCACAGAUCACAACUUGGACAAUACAAGCAGCAUUCUACGAGAAUGGCUCAUCAAUGUCCAGAGCCAGUACCAUCAUGUGGAAUGGAGGCCCCAGGAGCACCCCAGGUGGUUUCAGGAUGAGGAAGGCCCCAAGCACUGGUCUCACGCCCGCUACGAAUAUGUCAUGAAACUUCGCCAGGCGGCUCUAAACUCAGCGCGAGAAAUGUGGGUUGACUACAUCAUGUUUAUAGAUGCUGACAACUUGUUGAUUAAUCCCGACACCAUUAAUCUGCUGAUUGCGGAGAACAAGACAGUGGUGGCCCCCAUGUUGGAGUCCAGGGCGGCCUACUCCAAUUUCUGGUGCGGAAUGACCACCCAGGGAUAUUAUAGACGUACCCCAGCCUACAUGCCAAUCCGACGGAGAGAACGCCGUGGUUGCUUUGGCGUCCCCAUGGUUCACUCCACCUUCCUUAUUGACCUGCGGAAGGAGGCCAGCCAAUACCUGGACUUCUAUCCACCACACCCAGACUAUACAUGGGCAUAUGAUGACAUCAUAGUGUUUGCCUUCUCCUGUCGGCAAGCUGAUGUUCAGAUGUUCAUCUGCAAUAAAGAGGUUUAUGGGAACCUCCCUGUACCUCUGCGAUCACACAGCACUCUGAUCGAUGAAGCAGACAACUUUCUGCACACCAAACUGGAGGUUUCAGUGAAGGGAUCCCCCACUGAGCCAUCGGCUUUCCUGUCUCUCCCCCCAAAAGUAGCGGAUAAGAUGACAAUGGACGAGAUUUUUCUCAUUAAUUUGAAGCGUCGUCCGGAUAGGAGAGAGCGUAUGAAGAGGGUGCUCUACGAGCUGCAGAUUGACUACAAGCUAUCAGAUGCUGUGGAUGGCAAGUCAUUGAAUGAUUCUCAGGUGACAGCUCUGGGUAUAAAGAUGCUCCCUGGAUAUAAGGAUCCUUAUCAUGGCCGUCCCCUGACACGAGGAGAGAUGGGCUGUUUCCUCAGUCACUACAACAUCUGGAAGGAGAUCUCUGAACGUUCACUCGCCAUCUCUGCUGUAUUCGAAGACGACCUGAGAUUUGAAAUCUUCUUUAAGAGGCGGCUGGAGAACCUGCUGCAGGACGUGGAGAAGGCACAGCUGGACUGGGACCUCAUCUAUCUGGGAAGAAAACGGAUGCAGGUAGAGGAACCUGAAGAGUCUGUUUCAGGGGUCCGCAACUUGGUAGUUGCUGAUUACUCAUACUGGACACUGGGAUACUUGAUCUCUCUUAGGGGGGCAAAAAAGCUGCUGAAUGCUGAACCUCUGACCAAGAUGCUUCCUGUGGAUGAAUUCUUGCCCAUCAUGUACGACAAGCAUCCAGUCUCGGAUUACUCCUCUCAUUUCUCUCCGCGGGACCUGCGUGCCUUCUCUGUGGAGCCUCUGCUGCUAUACCCAACCCACUACACCGGAGACGAAGGCUACAUCAGUGACACGGAGACUUCUGUGCUGUGGGACAACGUGACUCAGAGCACUGACUGGGACAGAGCCAAGUCCCGCAAGACCCAACAACAGGAGAAGCUGCGCAGUGAAGCCAUCAACACCCCAUCUCUCCGCUCCCCGUUUGACAGCGCCGCCCGAGACGAGCUAUGA